GCUACUUUGACUUUGACGGCCUGCCCAACCACAUGCACAUACCUCAUUUCUCUCGACGCAUGGGCAGCUGAAAGGUGUAUGCUAUCCAGCAGCCCGGAGACGGUUUGCAUCUGCUCCCGGGCGAUUCCCCAAUUUGCGGUGAUUGAUCGCAACGCCCGAACUAUCGAAAGAGCGACACGCUGUCAUCUCCGUCUUCGCUGCGUUUCCCCAUGCUGCCUACCGUCCUCGACACCCCCGCCGCCGCUGUACUCUGUGGGCUACUUGUCUCUUGGGCCCUCGCCUGCGUCGCUCAUUCCCGCUGGAACUCAAAACGGCCCCAAUACCCACCCGGCCCCCCGCGGGAUCCCUAUCCUGGGCAACGUCUUCGACGUCCCUCUGGAGCGUCCGUGGCUUGCCUUUGCUGAGAUUGGCAAGGAAUUCGGCGACAUUUUCUUCCUCCGCAUCCUCUCCCAACGCAUCGUUGUCAUCAACUCCGUCGAAGUCGCGGAGGACAUACUCGAUGCGCAUGGUGCAUUAUGCUCUGACAGACCGGUGCUCCCUAUGGCCGGCGAGCUUGCGGGAUUUGAUACCGUGAUUCCGCUCUGCUUGUAUACCGACCGCUUCAAGAAGGAGCGAAGAAUGCUCCAUCGUGUGUUUGGAACGAAGGACGCCGCGCGAGCAUUCGAGGGCGUCGUGACCGAAGAACUACAAAAUCUCGUCAAUAUCUUGCAUGAAAGUGAGGGCAAAGGGCUGUUUGAACACCUCGAACGCAUCACAAGUGCAAUCGGUCUACGACUCGCUUAUGGGUAUCGAAUGGCGCCGCCCGCUGGCCACAAGGAUGCUCUGCACGAAAUGUUUCUCGCUGCUACUCGGGACUUCAUGGAUACCACUCGCCCGGCGGCGUACAUGGUUGAUAUCUUUCCAUUCCUGAAAUAUUGGCCGGAGUCAUUACCUGGCGGAGGUUUCCAUACACUAGCUAGGAGGAUCCGCCAAGAUUUCCAGCACACGAUACACACGGGCCUCCAAUUCGUUACUGAUCAACUGUCAAGGGGAACAGCCGAGCCGUCAUUCGCAAGAACGUUUCUUGAGAAGGUCUCCCACGAGUCAGAUACUCAGUUGCUAAAACAAGCAGCGGCGGCCGUCCAGGUUGCGGGGAGCGACACGACUGCGGCGCAGUUGUCAGCGUUCUUUCUCGCCAUGUCGCUCUAUCCCGCAGUGCAGCGACGUGCACACGCUGAAAUCGAUCGAGUUCUGCGUGACGACGAUAAUGGCGAUCUACGACUUGCUACUACCCGCGACCGCGAGGAGGGCCUUCUGCCCUAUAUGGACGCAUUUUGCAAGGAGCUGCUCCGCUGGCAUGUUGCGGCACCAAUCGCUGUCCCGCAUUGUGCGAAAGAGGCCUUCGUGUACACGCAUCGCACUACACACGCGCAGCUGUUUAUUCCAAAGGGGACAGUCAUUAUGCCGAACAUCUGGAAAAUGGCGCACGAUGCGGACAUCUAUCCCGAUCCGUUCGUCUUCAACCCCGAGCGCUUUCUCGGGCCGCAGCCGCAGCCAGACCCGCGGAAAAUCGUCUUCGGAUUCGGCCGGCGGAUAUGUCCUGGGCGGUUGCUGGGCGACUCGACCGUGUUCCUGGCGUGCACCACCAUCCUUGCAUCGUUCGAAAUCACGGCUCCCGACGGUAACGAAGUAAAAAGCAUUAGACCACACGCACAGGCCUCUGCAUUCGUCAGCCUCAGCGGCGCAAACGCCGAACAUGUUCUCAACAUUGAAACAGACACUGUAUUGCUGACGGAAGAUUCGCAGACACUCUCUGAUACGCGGUUUCACGAUGGACAUCGGCGCCGUUUGCGGGCGAUAUUGUUUGGGUGUUGGUUGCGGCACGCCCAUGCUGCAUCCUACCGCUGCCUUCAACUGACCUCUUCUACUCUCUUUACGCCCCUAAUGCUCUGGAUCCACUCCACUAAUCCCAUCCACCAGUUAUUGGCCAUCUGCACCAUUCUUUUCACAUCUUUGGGGGCGCAUGGUGUCUGCACGCCCCCGUCACAAGCAAAGCCACUGUACCGAAACUUCCGAGCGGGCACAGACCACCUCUACACUGUCGAUGCAAACGAAUAUAACAGCGUCCCGGGCGGCGGCUGGGCACAGGAAGGCAUCCGCGCACUUGUGUUUACGUCGCAGGUGGAGGGCAGCGUCAGGCUGCGCCGCUUAUGGAGCUGGGGUGCCCUUGACCACUUCUACACUGCGGACAGCGGUGAGGCUGCGAGCUUCACCGCCCAGGGCGUCUACUCUUACGAAGACAACCCGACACCUAUCUUCGUCUACCCGUCAGCCCAGUGCGACACCGUGCCGCUGUAUCGCCUCUACCAAGACGGCGACGUCAAGGACCACUUCUACACCGCCGACGCCGCCGAGCGCGACCGGGCCAUCGCUAUCGGGUACACAUACCAGCUGAUUGCCGGAUAUGUCUAUCCGAAGGACGCUACAGACCCCGUCACGGUUGCGAAGACAGCAAACCCAGCACCGGCACCAGGGCCAUCAACGACAAAGCCGGACGCUGGAACGCAGCCUGCGCCAGGACCGACCUCGAAUCCCGGUCCCGGACCGGCUCCGACAUCGAUCGGAGACGGCAACAAGAACGGUGCUAUCCAGUCUAAUCCUGGCACCACCCCGCCAGGCUCAACCGCAGGACUGCAUCCGUACACCGGCUCGGUAUUGCCGGCUGCGACAUCACUUCUGCCGAACGGAUCGCUGCCGGAUGCCGCCCAGAUUGCGAAUCAAAACGGUGGGGCAACCGGACACUUUAACCUUAUCCGUGAUUCAAGGAUAUUUAUCUCGGUAGUGGUUCCAUUCAGCCUGUAUUCACUUUUUUUAUUGUAA